UGCCCUCGAGUCCCCAGGUCUCCGUCUCCGUCUCCCCUCUCCACCCCCACCCAGAAAAGCCCUCAUCUUUACCGAGCCCUCGGCCGCAGGCGGCCCCCAUCUCCAUCCUCGCUGCUUGUGGCGACCCCCAAUCUCACGCGCGGCCCUCCCAAAUCGCCUCUCCUCCCGCUCCCGCUCCCGCGCCCCCUCCCAAUUCGCUUCUCCUCCCGCCCGGCGCCCCGUCCUCCGGCCUGCAGGGCGUGACGGCGUCCGCCCGACCACCGCCGCCGCACCCCGGCCGCCCCAACCGGCGUGAAUGAGGCCAAGGCAGCAGCAGUACGUAGUAGCUGGAGUAUUUUUGCUGAAUCGAUAGGAAUGGGCGGGCAUCUGAUCGCGUCGGUUUACUGGAAUUCAUAGAGGGGGGGCCAUGGACGUGAACGGGCAUUACGUCAUCGGCCUGCCCUCUGCCUCUGCGCACUACGGCAGCGGCGGCGGCAACGGCGACGAGCCUUCUGCUGUCGAGGAGCAGCAGCAGCAGCAGCGGUCGCCGGUCGAUGCGGUACCGGUGGCCGCCGCGGCCCGCGCGGUGCGGCCGAACCAGAAGCGGACCAAGAACUUCAGCGACAAGGAGGACGAGAUGCUGGCGCUGGCGUGGCUGAACGUGAGCUCGGACCCGGGCCCCGCCCACGGCGGCGGCGGCGGCGGCGGCGAGCGCGCGCCCUACUGGAAGCGGAUGCACGACUACUUCCACGGACACAGGGACUUCGAGUCGGAGCGCAGCGAGAACUCGCUCCUCCACCGCUGGUCCACCAUCCAGGACAACGUCAAGCGCUUCGACCGCUGCGUCGCCGACGUCCUCGACGGCCACGGCCACGGCCAGGACGACGACGACGACCACAACUCGCUCACGCCUCACGACACGGUGGUGCAGGCGCUGGCUCUGUUCAAGUCUGAGGACAAGAACAACAAGUCGUUCCAGUUCCUGCACUGCUGGAACCUGCUGAGAUCACACCAGAAGUGGAUCGAGAGGUCGUCGCAGGUCUCGUCGCAGAAGCUGGCGUGGAUCAACCGGCCGUCGUCGUCGUCCAAGACCCAGGUGGUGGUGGCCUCCUCGUCGCGGAAGAAACAGAAGACAAGUCCCGGAUCGAGCCCGAGCUCGUCGACUCCACCAUGCGCUCUUGACGACGACAGUUUGGAGGCUGCAGCUCAGGAGUGUGAGGUGUUGAUACAGCCAGUGGAUGUGAGUAACAAGGAGAAACAGAAUUUGCAGCAAGGUGGAGCUGGUUUGUAUUACCUGGAGGCAUCAGAUGAUCUUUGGGGGAAGAGGAAAGUGGCUGACGAGGCAGAGGGGAGAGAGCUCAACAAUGGCAGUGGCGUGAGAGGUAAACAGGCUGAUGUGGGAAGAGAUGAGCAGGCUGAUGUGGGGAGACAGAUCAACAAUGGUGAGAGCGAGAAGUAUGCGCUGGAACAACAGAAGGUUGCGCUGGAACAACAACAGAAGGUUGCGCUGGAACGAAAGAAGGUUGCGCUAGAUCAACAGAAGGUUGCGCUGGAACAGGAGAGGGUCGCGCUGGAACAAGCCAGGGCUGCUAAUGAGGCGAGGAGUAUCGAGAUUAAGAGGAAAGAAUUGGACUUGAAGAGCAAAGAGGUGGAUCUGAAGAUCAUGUUGGAAGAAGAGAGGAUCAUGACUAAGGACACUAGCGGUAUGCCUGGCCUGCAACAGCAGUACUACAAGAUGCUGCAGAAUGAGAUCAUGACUCGGCGGUUCAGUAGCUCAGGUUCACCCUGUAUUCAGCAGUAGGUUGUCAAUAAUGUUGCUUCAACUUGGAUCGGCGAUUCAGUAGCUAGCUCAGGUUCACCUUGUAUGAACCAGUAGGUUGGUUGUCAAUAAUGUUGCUUCAACUUGGAUGGUGUGUCAACCUUAAGUUGUGUGGACCAUCAUGGUUUGUGAACAAACUUAAGUUGCAUGGACCAUUAUAGUUUAUGAACCUCUGUUUAUAGCUGACAAAGGUAACUGUUGCGUACCAGUCAUUCUGUACAAAGAGGGGUGGAAAUGGAAUCCAAUUUAUUUACAUUGCAAUGGACAACUCUAAUCCAAUCUUGUCA